CAUGGAACGGUACGAUCACUAUUCGACAUUCCAUAUUUAUUUACCUACUAGUCAAAUAUUAUUUUGCUUUAAAUUCCAGACUGCAAAAAGAAGACUUGACAUCAAAGAAGAUAUAGAAAAUCAUACGACAUGUCAAGGAGUCAAGAUCGAAGUCCCUGCCGACAUUAUGCUCAGCUUUAUCGGCGCUGCCGCCCAGUGCCUCGCAUUUGAGGACGAAUUUUGCUUCAAGCUGUGCACAAGUUAUAACUAUCACGGGAUGAUUAAAGCUAAUAAAAUCGACAUGGAGUUUUUGAGAAACGAGGCGAAAAAAUUUUCCUUGCCGGAUCCAGAGACUCAAAAGAGGUUCGAUCAGCUCGUCGACGCUGUGGAAAUUUGUGCAGUGAUUCUUGGCGAUUUUGAGAAGCCAAACGAGAGCAAUCUUAUUUGUGCGAAGGCUCAAACACAUAGCGAAUGCAUGGAGAAGAGGUUUCAAGAGGUUUGUAAUCCUCCUGGGGUGUAAUUCAGUGCUACAUGUGCAGAAAUAUUACAAUAAUAAUUUAUCUGGGUUAUGAUGUUCAUAAGAAUGAAGAUUUUGAUGUGUACAGAAAUAGUUAAUGUACAAUUUUAUAUCUGCUCAUUUGUGUCUCUACGUGAGGUAUCAAUUUCUAAAUAAGCAAACCAGAAACUAAUCUUAAGGAGCAUUUAAUUUUGCAUAGUAAUCUCGACAUGAACUUGUCAUCGAAUUAAUUGCUAAAUAUUUACUCAUAUUUAUAACUUCAUAAUUAAGAAACCCAAGUUUUGUCUAAUGCGUGUUACUAAACUUGACCAUUGUCCACUUACUCCC